GAGAGAGAGGUUGAGAGAGAGAGGGAGGGAGUGUGUAUAUGUGUGUAUUAGAGAGAGAGGGAGAGAGUGUGUGUCUGAGAGAGAGAGAGGUUGAGAGAGAGAAAGAGAGCGCGUGAGAGGAUGCGAGCUUGCGGCUGUACUGGCGGAAUGCGCGUGGACUGAGUGCUGAAUCCUGAAUCGAUUGAUCGGCGCGUGAGGGCGCAGAGGUGGAUGUUCUCUUCCCGGAGAGGGAAAUGGCUUGUAAAGAGAUGGCAUCUCCGUGUUUCCCCAGCCUGUCCAGAGAGCUCACAGAAAGCAUCAGGAAGUCUGUUGAUAGAUCUGCAAUCAAGUUCAUUCGAGGAAUCAAGCUUGAAACCAAAAAUGGCAAAUCAGAGGACAGGAUACUGGUGCUCACCACAUGGCGACUGCAUCUUAUGGCUGUGAAGGUGCCAACUAAAGUGGAAGCUACCUUUAAUUUCCUGGAGAUUCGAGCUAUGAACACACACCCGGAGCUGCAAGUCGCCAUAGAAACCGAGAAGUCCAGCUAUUCCCUUAGGUUUCAGUCACGGGAGCACCAUGAUCAUGUGAUCAACCACAUCAACUUCUCUCUGUCACGGAUAUUCAACAACUCAGUGUUUGCUCCUUCACUGUGCCACUCAGACAGUGAUUUAUCAGACGGAAGCAGAAAGUAUUCACCCACCUCUGACACGUCGGUGGAGACCCAAAGAGCCUGUGGUGGUUUCUCCGAGACUUAUGCUGCUCUUUGUGAUUACAAUGGCAUUAGCUGCAAAGAAGAGGUUCAGUGGGAUGUGGACACUAUCUAUCAUUCACAAGACAACCGAGAGUUUAAUCUUCUGGACUUCAGUCACUUGGAGAGUAGAGAUCUAGCAGUAAUAGUUGCUUCUAUGGCCUACAACACAUGGUUCACCAAGUUCUACUGCAAAGACCUACGAAUUGGGUCUGAAGUCACAGAACAGGUCUUGCACACGCUCAGUAAGUCCUCCAGUCUGGAAGAGCUCACGCUGGAGAAUACGGGACUGAAAUCUGACUUUCCUCAGAAACUGUCUGUUGCACUCUCAGAGAAUCCAGCAUCUGUCAUCCACUCUCUCAAUCUGGCACAUAACACACUGGAUAACCAAGGUGUGUGUAAUCUGAUCCAGCAGGUGUGUCGUCUCAGUAAAGGUCUCCGUCUCCUUAACCUGUCCAAAACGUCCCUCUCAUCAAAAGGUGUGGUGUCUCUCUCUCAGGCUCUUUGCUCUAAUGAUGAUUACUCUAACUCACUCCUGCAUCUGGAUCUGAGUAAAAACCCUGGCAUACUGUCAGGAGAGGAAGCAACGCAUCUGUACAUGUUCUUGUCUCAGCCCAACUGUUUGGUGCAUUUGGACCUAUCAGGAACCGACUGCUGCGUGGACUCUCUAUUUGGGGCUCUGCUCCGGGGCUGCUGUGCUGAUCUCUCUUACCUCAACCUCUCCAAAAACUCAUUUUCUCACAGGAAAGUAAAGGAGACUCUACCCUUAUUCCGUCAGUUCUUCAGCUCUGCAUUCAGUCUUACUCAUGUCAGCCUGGCCUCCAUGAAACUCCCUCCGGAAGCCCUUAGAAAUUUGUUCCUUGGUCUGACCAACAACCCUCAUAUCAAUGACAUGCAUCUCGACAUCAGCAGCUGUGAGCUGAGAUCAGCUGGUGCAGCUGUUAUACAAGAGUUGUUUCCUCGGGUCACAUCCAUCGCUACACUGGACAUCUCGGAUAAUGGGUUUGAUGCUGACCUGACAACUGUGUUUACCGGACUAUCCAGACAUCCCUCACUCAAACAUCUUCAUAUGGGAAAAAACUUCAACAUCAAGAACAGGACACUAGAUGAAAUUCUGCACAAACUGGUCCAACUUAUACAGGAGGAAGAGUGUGCACUGCAGUCUCUGUCUCUGGUGGACUCUCGGCUACGUUCCCGUGGCACGAUGCUGGUGAACGCACUGGGCAGCAACGCCUGCCUCAGGAAGGUGGACCUGAGCGGCAACAACCUGGACGACAUUGGCGCCAAAAUGCUCAGCAAAGCCCUGCAGAUCAACACCACUCUACGGAGUGUAAGCUGGGACCGGAAUAACACCAGCGCUGCAGGCUUCAUGGAUGUGGCACGAGCUCUAGAACAUAAUUUCACGCUGCAGUACAUGCCGAUACCCCUGAGUGAUGUCACCCAAGCAUAUCGAAGUGCUCCAGAAAAGACAGAACAGGCACUUACCAAGAUUCAAAGAGCUUUACUGAGGAACAACCAAACGCAGCGUUUUUCACAGAGACAAGCAUUACGCUUACACCAGGGCCUGGUGACCAGCACUGCCGAGCAGGUGAUGGAGAGGUUGUGUGUGCGGGUGCAGCAGCAGGUGUGUGUUCUGCGUGGUGUGGCCGAUAUGGAGGAGCUUCAGGCGGCUAAACAGGUUCUGAAGGAGGCCCGGAACUCCCGUGCACUGUACCCAUCUUUGUGUGAGUUGGCACAUGUGCUUUCUGUUGAUGGGCCAGUCAGACAGAGACUAGACUCAUUGGCUGGUGAACUGGCCAGGGCUGCAGACAAAGAGCUGCAGGUGAUUGUGGACUCCAUGGUGUCCCUGUGCCGAGAGCUGUGCCCCCUCUCCUCCAUGGCAGCUGAGAGUCUGAGUCCUCCUCUCUCUUCCAUCUCGGAGCGAGUGUCCAUCCCUCGCUCAGCUAUUCGCUCUGCGCUGAUGGAGAGAGCUGCUCAAGACAUCCAUCGAGCACUAGAGGAGGUGAAGCUGUCCGUGGUGUCAUAUCUCACUAACUCUAUCGUGGAUCAGAUCUUACAGGAGCUCUAUUCUACUCACAAAGCUCUGACACAGCAGGUAUCUCAAGUGAAACAGUGGGAUGGUCUGUGCGAUGGUGGUACAGGUCGAAGGUCACACAGACACAGAGACUCACUCGAGAUCACUGAUGAAGAACUGGGUACCAGCAUUGACACAAUCGCUAUAAAAAAGCGCAGUGCCAGGACCAGGAGAAUCCGACCGGUGUCCACCAGAUUAAGUUUGUGCGAUGACUCCAGCUCAUCCCCUCCCACCUCAAGCGCUCAGCUCUCCUCACCUCUCUCUCGCUCAGCCUCAUGGGAAGGCUUGGCUGCUCUGCCUACACAGGGAGCGCCGCUACAUCAUGUGACUCGGGUCAGGCCGAGACCACCCCGGAGGCACAGACGAGGAAUUCUUUCAUCUGAAUCGCAUUGUACUGAAAAUGGAGCCGUCACUCCACUUGACGAUGGACUGCCUGAUUUCUACAGCAAGCGAGUUCUCCCUGAUAGUCAGUUAUCCUCCCUCCAUAAGGCUCACUCCCUCCGGAGAAAGAAGAGACGCAACAUGCUGGCCAUCUUUAGUUUCCGUAGGAACCGGAAUUCCACGCUGUCUAAUCAGGAGUCAGAUUCACUGGAUGUGGCCUGCCUGGAAGAUUGCCGGACCGUUGCCACAGCUCCCACUGGGAAUGCCCUUGAGAACAUCUACACUCUUCUACAACCAUCAAGAAAGUCCGGCAGGGGAAGUGGCUCAUGUGAAAUGUCUGAUGGGAAUGUGGAGGAUCAGAGAAUAGAAGAGCCCAGAGUAGGAGUGAUGGAGAUCCGAUCUGUCCAAGGCAUGCCUUUGUCUACAUUCAGGACCAACAAACACCCUUUCUACACUGGUAAAACGCCUACAGAGACAGAUCCUGACCAAGAACCUUACUCAGCGACUGAGAGAGAGAUGGACAGGCAGAUUCUACAUCCCUCAGACAGACAGACAGGCAGAGAGACAGCCGGGUUAAGACAGAUUGACAGAGAGGUAGAAUGGCACAGUCUCAGGAAAUCAGAUAGUGAGCCAGACAGACAGACUCUCAGAACCACAGACAAAUUAGCAGAUAGAGAAGCAGACAGGCAGAGAAAGACAGACAAUGAGCCUGACCGACAGACAUCCAGGCAAAUGGACAAGCCGUCUGAGAGGGAGCUGGACAGACACAUUCUGAGACAGAUCGACAGAGAGCUAGACAGGCAAACCCUCUGGAAGGCAGAAAGAGAGUUAGACAGAAACACCUUGAGACAGAUAGACAGAGAGUUAGACCGACAGAGCAGUCGGAAGACGGAGAGACUUUCCGAGCUGGAGCUGGACAGACACAUGCUCAGGCAGAUCGACAGGCAGGCCGAAGCUCAACAGAAACAGUGGCUGGAAUCGCGCAGAGGGACGGAGCGGAAGUGGUCCGAACCGAAGCAGCACACCGAUACACAGUGGACAGAUUUACGCCAAGUGGACAGACAGUCUGAGAGGCAGUGGAUGGACAGACAGAUGGACAGACACAGACUGCCAUCCCCCAUUCCUGAAAAACAGAUAUGUGCAGACGAGGAACUAGUGCACUGUGAGGAUUCUGUAUUUGCAGAUACAUACUCCAAUUUAGACCUCAGGGAGCAGGUGGGGGACAAAAGUCCUCCUUCGGAUGCGCCAGUGGGAGGGACGCUGGCGGGUCGUCCGGUAGCGUGUCCUUCCAAACCCAACCCGCCUCCUCAGAGCAGCAAGCCCAGUCUGGCCAAACUCAGACAGAGAACCCUCCAGGAAAGCUCAGGUACUGAAGAUGAAGUUGGAGGAGAGAAGGACAGUUGCCGACUAGAAAGAAAAGAGAAAGAUGGAGGAAUAGAGAGGGCAAGGGAUGUGGAAGGACACCCUCCUCCAAUUCCAUCCAAGCCAAAGACUGCCUCUUAUGUGCUUUCACCCACCGAUUCUGCCAGUGAAAGAAAAAUACUGCCCCCUGCACCCCCGGCCCCUACAAAACCAACAUUAGGACUGACUGAGCGCUCCCAUACUCAAGGUGAGGAGUGUGUGAGGCCCCAAGCUCCAGUUAAACCACAGAGGAACAGGAAAGCUCUGUCCUGUGAUACAGGCACAGGCAGGGACAGCCCCAAUAACCUGGAGAAGCCCCCACAUACUCGCAAUCCCCCUGUGAAAAAACCAAGAGUCCCUCAAAACAGAAACCAAUCCAUGGACCAUCCUGAUAGCGUUGGAGUGUUGCCUAGUAACAGUGACCCCCUGUGACCACUCGCCUAGUGACAGCUGACUGGAGGUUGCCAUGACGACAAGAAUUAAGGCGGAAUGAUGAAAAAUACUAUUUAUAAUGGGCAUUUAACAGAUGGUAGAACUGUGAGAGUGAUUAAAAAAAACAUGAACAUUUGGAGGUGUUGGAAAAAAAAGGCUGAAAAUGCCAAAUAUACCCACAUGUACCCACAAUUUGUUUUUCACAUUUUCUGUUAUUCUAAUAAAAAAAUCAUAAAAACUUAAAUAUUAUACCACCGUUGCGAUCAGGCCAAGCACCAAAAAUAAAAUUAUUAUUAUUAUUAUUAUUGUAAGCAUUUUUAUUGGUUUAAUUUUUUACAGCUUUCUGUUCAGUUGAAAUGGAAAAUAUAUUUGUAUUUGUUUAUAAAAAAAAAACACUAGAUCUUGCAUUGUUCAUGCUGACAGAUUAUGAUCGUUAUGGAAAUCCUUUGCUAUAAAAAUUGAGUUCAUAUUUCUAUCUAUUUCUGCUUUCCUGAGCUGAUGUCUAUUAUAUUUUGUAGAAAAUAUUAAAAUAAUGAAAAGUAUAUAUAUGAAUUA